UUCAAAGGAGAACCCCGUUGGUACAAUUCUGCCCCGAGUUCAAGUUAAAGAUAUUGGAGAUAUAACAGAAGAUAAUGUAGCCACCACGUUGAGAAGAGCCAUCAGUUUUUAUUCUACUCUACAAGCUCAUGAUGGUCAUUGGGCAGCAGAUUGUGGAGGACCAAUGUUUCUAUUGCCUGGUUUGGUUAUUGCUUUAUCUGUUACUGGGGCACUGAAUGCAGUGUUAUCCGAAGAGCAUAAGCGAGAGAUAUGUCGUUAUCUCUACAAUCAUCAGAACUGUGAUGGUGGGUGGGGUUUGCAUAUUGAAAGCCAUAGUACCAUGUUUGGUUCAGUUCUGAGCUAUGUUACUCUGAGGUUGCUUGGUGAAAAGGCUAAUGGUGGAGAAGGGGCAAUGGAGAAGGGCCGCAAAUGGAUUUUGGACCAUGGUACUGCCACUGCAAUAACCUCGUGGGGGAAAAUGUGGCUCUCAGUGCUUGGAGUAUUUGAUUGGUCUGGGAACAAUCCACUUCCUCCAGAGAUGUGGCUUCUUCCUUAUAUCCUUCCAUUUCAUCCAGGAAGGAUGUGGUGCCAUUGUCGUAUGGUUUAUCUGCCAAUGUCCUACUUAUAUGGUAAACGGUUUGUUGGACCGAUCACACCAACAGUCUUAUCUUUGAGAAAGGAGCUCUUCACAGUCCCUUAUCAUAAAAUAAACUGGAAUAAAGCACGCAAUGAAUGUGCAAAGGAAGACCUCUACUAUCCUCACCCUCUACUACAGGACAUCCUUUGGACAUCUCUUGACAAGCUCAUCGAACCUUUGUUUAUGCAUUGGCCUGGGAAAAAGUUGAGGGAAAAAGCUCUUAGCACAGUAAUGGAUCACAUACAUUAUGAAGAUGAAAAUACUCGCUAUAUAUGCUUAGGGCCCGUGAACAAGGUCUUAAAUAUGCUUUGUUGCUGGGUUGAAGAUUCUAGUUCAGAAGCUUUUAAGUUGCAUCUUCCACGAUUAUAUGAUUAUCUAUGGAUUGCUGAAGAUGGAAUGAAAAUACAGGGAUAUAAUGGAAGUCAAUCAUGGGAUACUUCUUUUGCUAUUCAAGCAAUCAUUUCAACUAACCUUGUUGAAGAAUAUGGUCCAACUUUGCGAAAAGCACAUAAGUUCAUGAAAAACUCACAGGUGUUAGAUGAUUGCCCAGGCAAUCUUGAUUUCUGGUAUCGGCAUAUUUCAAAAGGGGCUUGGCCUUUCUCUACUGCAGAUCAUGGUUGGCCUAUUUCAGAUUGUACUGCAGAAGGACUAAAAGCAUGUCUUCUACUCUCUAAACUACCUGUGGAAAUAGUUGGUGAGCCAUUGAAGGCAAACCGUUUGUAUGAUGCUGUAAAUGUUAUGCUGUCAUUACAGAAUCCUGACGGUGGCAUUGGGACAUAUGAACUGUCAAGGUCGUAUCCAUGGUUGGAGAUAAUCAACCCUGCUGAGACUUUCGGUGAUAUUGUUAUUGAUUAUCCUUACGUAGAGUGUACCUCAGCUAUAAUUCAAGCUUUGGCAGCAUUUAAGAAAUUAUACCCUGGGUAUCGGAAAGAAGAUGUGGAGCGUUGUAUUGAAAAAGGUGCCGCCUUCAUUGAAAAGAUACAAGAAGCAGAUGGCUCCUGGUAUGGAUGUUGGGGAGUUUGCUUUACGUAUGGCACAUGGUUCGGGGUGAAGGGCCUGCUGGAUGCUGGGAGGAACUUCAACAAUUCUUAUAACAUCCGUAAGGCCUGUGAUUUUCUGUUAUCAAAACAAGUAGUGUCUGGUGGAUGGGGAGAGAGUUAUCUGUCUUGUCAAAACAAGGUGUAUACAAAUCUUAAGGGUAACAAAUCUCACAGUGUUUGUACUGCAUGGGCUAUGCUGGCUCUUAUUGAAGCUGGACAGGGAGAUAGGGAUCCAACUCCAUUACACCGUGCAGCAAAGGUAUUGAUAAAUUCUCAGCUUGAAAAUGGAGAUUUUCCUCAGCAGGAGAUAAUCGGAGUGUUCAACAAGAAUUGCAUGACAUCGUAUUCUGCAUAUAGGAACAUCUUUCCAAUUUGGGCUCUAGGACAAUAUCAAUCUCAGGUGCUUAAAGCUCAAUGA